CCCCGCCUCGCCACCUUCCACGAUCUCGCGAGACUUGACCCAGAACAUUGCGGAUCGGGUCGGCGCCAUUUUGGGACCGAGACUGGUUGUGGGGGAGGGAAAAGCGGCAAAAGGGGAUUAUUCAAAGUACCGAAAACCUCCUCCCGGGAUCGAGCGCAGCGGCACCCCCAGGCCAGGGGCACCUCUGGUGUAGCAGAAGGUGAUUGAAUUACUCAUAUAUGAAGAUCAUCUUCUAGGUUUUGUGUAAAAGGCCCCGGAUAUUUGAAGUGGCCAUUUUGGGAUUACAAUGUUUUUGGAUAAUUUUGCCCCAGAAGUUUAUUAGAAGUGGCAAGAAUCAUCUCUGAAGUGAAUUUAUAGUAGUGAACAAUUCUACAAGCUACUAAAAGGACCCAGGCAUUUCUUCAGUAUUUUGGUUCAAACGGAUUAUAUAACUGGUUAAAUUAUUUCAGCUGGUGGUAUUUUUUUUGCCUCUCCCCCCCCCACCCCUCCCCUGUAGUUGUUCUUAAGCCAAAACUGUAAGAUAUGUGUUGAUUUGUGUACUGAGUAGUUUCGGCAGUUUCAAAUUACUGUUUAAAUAUUGCUGAAGUUUCUUGGCAGUUUAUUUUUACCUUUAUUAAAAGUUUUAGGAAUUUUUGACCUCAGCCCUUUUCAUGUCACAAUGGGACAGCUUUUCUAAAUGAAGACAUUGAAAGAAUACAGAGUUUUUUCCCUUUUAUCUUUUAUUUACGUGGAAAUUUAAGAUGUUGCAGUUUUCCAGCAGCAUGGUAGUAUUGAGAUAGCUAUGUGUCUCUCUGUAUGCUGAUGUUUAGGAAUGCUCUUCAGAUGUGAAAUUUUCUUUUUGUUUUUGCUCUUUGGCUCAUAAAUUGGAUAUUUCAUCUGGAGUGGAUAAGUACAACAGUAACAAGUACAUGGAAUAAUAAAGAAGACUUUAAAAUCUUAAAUCCAAGGAACUUGGCUAAUUCUGGAGAUAGCCAUAUGAAAACUUUAAAACAGAAGUAUGGGUAGCUGACUUGAAGUAACUCUAUGUCAAAUAGUCAUAGGUUAAGUAUCUUCAAAGAACUUGGAUAUUAUUUCAGAGGAUACAAAAUAAAAAAACAAACUGGAAAACAUAAAGAUUACAGAGAAAAACCCAACACCUUCCUGUGCAGUCCUGUUGGAAUUUGUUGGUUUGAGUGAGGAUCUGUGUAAGGCCCACAUGUGUUUGAUCUGCAUGUUGAAAGCCAUGUAUUUGUUGGGGGGGAAAAAACGAUCAUUUCACCUGUCGAGUAUCCUGUGAUCUGGAUUUGCUGGAUUACUUCCCUCAGAUUUCCUUUAAUUUGUUUCUCUGUGUUGAACUUCGUGAAAGUUAGUAGGGACUUGCCAUGAGGUGUUGAAGCCUUGUUUCACUGAGUUGGAGAGACUGGACCUAAAUGGCGCAGCAUGACUUUGCUCCAGCCUGGCUUAAUUUUCCUACUCCACCAUCAUCAACAAAGUCGUCAAUAAAUUUUGAGAAGCAUUCUGAAAACUUUUCAUGGACAGAAAAUCGUUUUGAUGUGAAUCGUCGACGACACAACUCCUCAGAUGGCUUUGAUUCUGGUAUUGGACGUCCUAAUGGAGGUAAUUUUGGAAGGAAAGAAAAAAAUGGAUGGCGGAUGCAUGGAAGAAAUGGUACUGAAAACAUAAAUCAUCGAGGGGGAUACCAUGGUGGUGGAAGUUCCCGUUCUCGUAGCAAUAUUUUCCAUUCUGGAAAAAGCCAAGGACUACAUGAAAACAGCAUACCUGACAAUGAAACGGGGAGGAAAGAAGACAAGAGAGAACGCAAACAGUUUGAGGCUGAGGAUUUUCCGUCUUUAAAUCCUGAGUAUGAGAGAGAACCAAAUCAGAAUAAAUCUUUAGCUGCAGGUGUAUGGGGCCUACACGCCCAGACACACACAUACCCAACCAAAAAAAUCUCCCAAGCUCCUCUCUUAGAAUAUCCUCCGAAUCCUAAAUCUAGAGCUCCAAGGAUGCUGGUCAUUAAGAAAGGUAAUACAAAAGACUUACAGCUAUCUGGAUUCCCAGUGGUAGGAAAUCUUCAAUCACAACCAGUUAAGAACGGGACUGGUCCAAGUGUUUAUAAAGGCUUAGUCCCUAAACCUGCUGCUCCACCUACAAAACCUACACAAUGGAAAAGCCAAACUAAAGAAAAUAAAGUUGGGACUUCUUUCCCUCAUGAGUCUACAUAUGGUGUUGGCAACUUCAAUGCUUUUAAAUCAACUGCCAAGAAUUUUAGUCCAUCAACAACUUCAGUGAAAGAGUGUAAUCGCUCAAAUUCCUCUUCACCUGUUGACAAACUUAAUCAGCAGCCUCGUCUAACCAAACUGACACGUAUGCGCACUGAUAAGAAGAGUGAAUUUUUGAAAGCAUUGAAAAGGGACAGAGUAGAAGAGGAACAUGAAGAUGAAAGUCAUGCUGGCUCAGAGAAGGAUGAGGAUUCAUUUAAUUUGCAUAACAGCAAUAGUACUCACCAAGAAAGGGAUAUAAACCGAAACUUUGAUGAAAAUGAAAUUCCACAGGAGAAUGGCAAUGCCUCAGUAAUUUCUCAGCAGAUCAUUCGGUCUUCAACCUUCCCACAAACCGAUGUUCUUUCCAGUUCACUUGAGGCAGAACACAGAUUGUUAAAGGAGAUGGGCUGGCAAGAAGACAGUGAGAAUGAUGAAACAUGUGCUCCCUUAACUGAGGAUGAAAUGAGAGAAUUCCAAGUUAUUAGUGAACAGUUACAGAAGAAUGGUCUGAGGAAAAAUGGUAUUUUGAAAAAUGGCCUCAUCUGUGACUUCAAGUUUGGACCCUGGAAAAACAGCACUUUCAAACCCACUAUUGAGAAUGAUGACACAGAGACAAGUAGCAGUGACACAUCAGAUGAUGACGAUGUGUGAAGGAUUUCCUAACAGCUUUAGAAAUUUUAGUGUGAUACAUCUCUCAUACAGUUUGGGGUGAAUUGUAAAAAUGAAGAACUAUAAUUUAUGUAGUAAAAUACCCCAUUAGAAGAUGAUUUUUUUUGAGGGACUUCACUAUGAAGAAAACCAAGAAUGUUGUGUUGGGCUGUGUUGAACAUUAUUUCUUUGUAAAUGAAUGUUGUAGAAAUGAGGACUUUGGUUGAUCCAACAUUGACUUUCUUCAUCACUGCAGCAUUUCUCUGACUAGCAAUGUGACGAUGUAACAAAUGAGAUUUUCUCAUUUAAUAAUAAAAAAUUGUGUAAUGUUUUGCAAAGCUUCUGUCUUAAAAUGUCGAACAGGUCUUAAGAAAAAAGGCAGCUUACACUGUUUUGCUUGCAGAGUCCUCUAUCUUUUUCGUACAAUGGAAAUCUUCAAGUCCACUUUGUGCUCCCCGCCCCCAAAGGACAAUGUAGCAUGUUGGCUAAAACUGGAGCAGAGUGCACUAAAACAUUAAUUUCCUGAACUCAAGUGUUGUACUAGUCACCUUUUAAAACAUAAAUUGCUCUUUAGCCAUUUGUAGUUCGGUAAACGUUACAGGAAAGACUUGACACACUUUCUUCCAAAUUUUAAGAGGUGAUUUUCAAGAACUUUAUUUGGAUAUGUUGUCAGACCAGGACUUUCAGAGUUGAUGGAAGAGUCUUGUGGGAAAACUUAUUUUGAUAAAUUAUUACACAUGCAGAAAAACUGAUCACACUGACUGGAUCUGUCCACACAUGGAAAAUAAACUGGAUUUUCAGAA